AGUCUCACAUCACAUGUUCAUUCCACGACUUAGCAUAGCAUUCUCCAAUUUCCUAUAUUUCUUAUAUAUACGUGUUUUACUAUAACAACACCUAUAUUUCCAUACACCAAUUCCUACCUUUUCUUUUCUUUUCUUUUCAUUUCAUUUCAUUUUCAUCUUCUACAUUUGUAUUUAUUAUCGCUUUCCAAUCGAGUCACCGGCGGGUCCAUGGCGGAGCACCAAAAGAUUCAUCCACUCCACGACGUUGAGGCACCAUCGCCCACACCCGCGGCUCCUACUGACCCAUUGGUCCCACGUGGAACCCAAAAAUCCGAUGCUGCAGACACUACUGCUACUCCAGUUCAAUAUCCACCGUUUCAGCGGACGAUUCCGGUGAUGCACUCCAAGCCACCAAAGAAGAGGCGAAGUUGUUGCUGCAGGUGCCGGUGUUGGACCAUCUCGAUUUUAGUCCUUCUUCUGGUUUUGAUAGGAAUCGUCAUCGGAAUCCUGUACCUGGUGUUCCGACCCAAGCUUCCGGAGUAUUCAAUCGAUAGAUUGCAAGUAUCGCAGUUUACGUUGAGUGGAAACGACCGAUUAGACGCUGUUUUCAACCUAACUCUGACCACUGUGAACCCUAACAAGAAAAUCGGAAUCUAUUACGAAGGAGGAAGCCAUAUAAGCGCGUGGUACACGGAAACGAAGCUAUGUGAAGGGGCUUUACCGAAAUUUUACCAAGGACAUCGGAAUAGGACGGUGUUGAACGUGCCGUUGGUGGGAGUGACAGAAAACGCGACCGCGCUUUUCACGACGCUGCAGCAGCAGCAUCAACAGACUGGAAAUAUUCCGUUGAAUUUGAAUGUGAGACAGCCGGUGAGGAUAAAGUUGGGGAGCUUGAAGUUGAUGAAGGUGAAAUUCUCGGCGACCUGCAGACUGUUGGUUGAUAGCGUUUCCGCCAAUAGCGAUAUCGUCAUUAAAAACAGUAACUGCAAGUUCAAGCUCCGGCUAUAAAAUACCGGCGGGCGGCGGCGUUUUUGUACGGUGCUUUAAUUUAUUAUUUAUUUUUAAUUACUAUUUGAGUUUUUUUGA